GAAUGAGAAAAAAUAUAUUUGUCUUAUUCUAACUUAUUGCACCAGUGCAGCAGUACAGCGACGAAGAACAGGCCUAUUGAUUUAGAAUAUUUAACUUUUUACUUUUAUUUAUUACAAAUAUUUAUUUAUUACAAAUUAUAUAUUUAUUACAAAUAUUUCUUAUCUAGACAACACAAUGAAGAAUGCCUCGCCAUGGAUUACACACGAACCAGAGGAUCAACGUCCUUGAAAGCCCCCAGCCGUCGUCGCGCUUUUCUUCGCACGCGAAGCAAACAACAACAUUGGAAUGACAAUUCUGCAGCAAGUCGCAGAAGAAUGCGCGCAAUGCGGGCGUGUUAAUGGAGGGAAACGGUGGCGCGUGAUUGGCCGGAGCCGCGGACUGGCCGACGUUCGUUCGCGAGACGUGUCAUGUGACCCGUUCCUCUAUUUAUGCAAACAUCACCGAUCACUCGGCCCCCGCAGUCUCGUGGCAAAACAAUAACAAACAACACACAUCGUUACUCCUUUGCAUUCUCGACCGAUUUCUCGCCCAAAUUCGCAGUGCGAUUCUCUCACAAGUCGUUCACGCGUGCGACGUUGGACGUGACGUUCGUGGAGCAGGAUUCGCACGAUCGUAAACGCGCUCGCUCACGCGAACGAGGAUCAUCUCGCGGAGCCCCUCGCGGGUCAGUGCGAGUCGAAUCGAGUCUAGUCGAGUCGAUUUCGGGGGGGAAGAAAAGUGAAAUCCAGUCUGGCGGGUCUGGCCUCGUCGUGAUGCUGUCAGCCGCGAAAAAUGUCCGCUGACAAGAGACGCGCGAUAUUUGCGUGCAGCGUGCGCGCAUGGACCAAUAUGUGAUUUCCGACGUGUGCACGCUGCCGUUCUUCUGCAUCGAGCAGGCCAACUUCCGUUUAGCAGCGCGAGGCGGAGAAGCCGUGCUCCCUCGUGGCCGAAUCGAUCGAGCGACGCUCUAGACAGUCGAGGCAUAGACGAGUCAAAAAAAAGACUCGACGCUGCAGAGAGCUCGCUCGGCGGACGAUAAGCCGCGCGCGCGUUUUCUUUUUCUCUCUCUUUCUCUAUCUCUUUCCCCCCUGUCGUUAUCGUUCCGCUGGACAACGUCCAGCUGACGCGCGGACGACGCGCGUAAUAACGCGCAACCGAUAUACAUUCGCAUCCGAUACAUCCGUCGUUCGAAAAUUGAAAUCAAGCGACGGGUAGGUCAAACUUUUGGAUCCGUAGAACAAUCGGUUCCGGAAGCAUAAUUGUAUCGUGCGCGGACGCGCGCGCGUCCUGCCACAAUUUUUCUUCUCGUUGACGCACCCGUGGCUGAUGGACGACUCUAAGUACGGCGACUUUUCGCUAGCUAGCACGAUGGAUAGCGUGAUAAAGCAAGAACCUGUCCAAGAGAUGAACUCUGCAUCGGCUUCCGUGCCGAUACCUGGGGGACAUAGGGGCACUAUGCGAGGAACGUACGAUCAGUUCUCGCCAUCCCCGCUGGCGGUCUCCUCCGGAUGGGAUAUCAGGGCUGAACAAAUGGAUCAUCUCUUUAAAAUGGAUCCGGAUCAAAUGGAUGUCUCCUUUAAGAUGGACGAGGAUGACAUAUUCCAGGUGGACAAGGCUGAGCUCAUCCAAGGUCCAACUCUAGCCGAAUUGAACGCAAACGACGACACCCUCCUGGGAGAUCUAAAUUUCGACGAUUUAUUACUGCCUGAGGAUAGAGCGCAGCCGAUAAAAAUGGAAUACAAUGCUCCGUUAACUGGCUCUCUGUUUAGUAGCAUAGGAUUUGCGCCUAGUAGUUUCCCUCAAUCUGGAGUAACUCAUCGUAGUUGUCCCACGUACACAAAUACUUGUGGUUUUAAUUUAAAUAGAGGUUCAAAUAUUGUGGAUAACGCAGAAGCUGUUAGUCCUACUGCAUUUCCUAGUCCAGGCACUAGUAACAUUGCAGGUAGUUCAACAGCGAGUUCAUCGACGUCACCACAUCCUGUGACUCGACCCAUUGGAUCGUCUACUUUACACGAGCUACUUAUGAAAAGAGGUGAAAAUCCAUUUAAUAAUCCAAUAUCUAAUCCAAUGGAUAAUGCCUCUACGAUAGGCAGUAAACCUAAAGUUUCGAGGCUAUCUAUGUCUGCGCCAACGCAGACAGUGGGACAUUUGGAUCAAAUCUGGGCCCACAGGGAACCACGACAACAUCUCUUGAGUACUGGUAGCUUGGUAGAGGCAGGAUCGACGAGCAGCCUGAGCACUGGAGGUGCCCUUAGUCCAGAUCCACUUGGUAUUGAUCCUCUUAGUCAUGACGAGGGGUAUGAAGACAGUGAUGAUGAUAGCGACCAUUAUGAUGACUACAGCAGUGACAAUGAUACAGGUGGAAGCGAUGGCGAAGAACAAAGUAACAACAGAGUAGGAACAGGAACUACAGAAUUAGGGAAAGACAACAGGCAUAGUAAGAAAGAACGAUAUUUUUGGCAAUAUAAUGUUCAAGCAAAGGGACCAAAAGGACAGCGAUUAAUCGCGCGAGCGCGCUUGGAAGAUCCACAUGUCUUGAAUGAAGCAACUGAUCCAGUAUUUAGUCCUCAUUGUGCUCUCAGAGGAAUUAAGCAUAGUGGGAAGGCACGAAAAGGCGACGGAAAUGAUCUUACGCCUAAUCCUCGCAAGCUCCACAGCAUUGGGCGAGAGCUAGAUAAAUUAAAUCGUAUUAUAAAUGAUAUGACACCUGUUGCAGAAUUACCUUUUCCAGCAAGACCAAAAACGCGCAAGGAAAAAAAUAAAUUGGCUUCACGAGCGUGCCGCUUGAAGAAAAAAGCUCAACAUGAAGCUAAUAAAAUAAAAUUGCAUGGACUUGAAGCAGAACACAGACGUCUUAUACAUGGUAUAUCACAAGCUAAACAUACGCUUGCUGCUAAAUUAGCUGAAUCCAAUCGCGAAACUCAAGAAGAACUUACACGACAAAUGGAGAAAUGUUGCAAGCUGGCUACUAAAAUGCGAAUAGCAAAUUAUUCAACAGACUUUGUGAACAAAGUACUGGAUAAUGUUAGAGCCGGCAUUCCUGACGGUGGCAUCGAUAAUUUUUAAUGUAGCGAAUGGUUUUCCUAUAACUCUUAUGUCUACGCAUGUAUAUAUAUAUAUAUAUAUAUAUAUAUAUAUAUAUAUAUAUCUUUAGAAAAAAUAUGCUACAUGUGUAUACAUAUAUAAGAUUAAUGUUGCUUUUAUCUUUAAAGCUGCUAUUGAAUAUUUCAAAAUCAGAACCACAGUUAACAUAUUUACAGAUAUUUUGCAUAUAUUAUUUCAGAAUAUGUUUACUGAUGUAAACGAAAUCUUGACAUAUAUAUAUAUAUAUAUAUAGAUUUAUUUUCUAGACCUUCGAAUUGGUUAAUUUUUUUUACAAAAAUAUCUGCAUUUUUGCCUAUUGUAUAUAUGAUCAAUCUGUAUAUAACAUUUUUCAUGCAUCACGAUAAUUUCAAUAAUAUUUUUAUGCCAACAGAGGAUAUGAUGGUUUUUUUUUUACAAAUUAGCUGCAAAUGUAUUUGUGUUAAAAAGGAAAUGCUUAUAUAUCCUGGUGAAAGUGCAAAAGAAAAAAGUGCCGAAUGUCACUUAAUGAUUAUAAUAUACUACAUAUGGUAUCAUCAAUGUCCAUUAUCAAUCAGCGUUGCAUACAUGUGAUUCUAAAUUUAAUCUUUAAAUGGUAAUUAAAUGGUAAAAAAAUGCACUACACAGUAGAACUUUUGGCUCUAAACGAUUAAUAAAAUUCACUUGGGUUAAAUUAUUAAUAAUUUAAUUAUAUUUGCCGAGUUUAAAAUAUACCUUUGUGUUUUUUUUCCAAAUAGAGGUAAUUCUAUUAGGUAAUCACUAAUGAUCAAGGUUUCAAAAUUAUUGAUGGCGGCUAAUGCAACUAUAUUAAGAAUUGACAUUGAUGAUUUUUUUUAAUGUUUAGACGACGAUGUAGUUUUAAUUGUAAUAGUAAAAGAUCUAGAAUGUGCAUUAGGAUGCACUUAGACACGAGCUUUGAAUAUAUAGUUGUUUGCUGUUUGCUGACUCGAUCUACCUCAGAACGAAACGCUAUACCUACAUAUAUACUUGGAUUAUAGAAAGAUAAAAUAAUGUAUGUGGAAAGAUUGUAAUCGUGGCGCGAGGUGGAAGAAAUAUAUCAUUGCUUUAGAAUUUUAGAAGAGAGAACGGAUGUAGCGUAGCGUCUCUUCUGUUUGAUUAUUUAGAGCAAUUGUACGCCGCGAUUAGAAUUAUAUUUUGCUAAUCACUAAUAUACACAUACAUAUAUUUUAAAUAUGCAAAAUGUUAAUCCAUAUUAUAUUCGUACUAAUAUUUUUUUAAUCGAUUUUUGUAUGUAAAGUUGCGCUAAAGAUCAUAGUAAUUGCGAAAGGAAAAUAAACGUGUGGAUAUAUAGUCAUAUGAUUAUAUACAUAUAUAAAUACAGAUGUUGUAUAAUCCUUAUAUCGAAUCGUUAUGCAGUUUAAUUUAUUGUUAUGCGGGGUAUUACCGUAAGUUUCAUUCGCUGUGUAUGUAACAUCGGCAAAAUGUGUGUAAUAUCAAUGUAGCACGAGACGUCACUCCGAUAUCACUGUAAUCAUAAUCGUGCGGGAAAUGUUGCGUGUAAUAAGAAUAUUUCUUUUUUCUUUUAUAGUGUGCAAUAUGCGCGUUUGCGCGAAAAGCGCCACUUUAUUGUUUCGACGAUGACCCCGAUAUUUUUGCGAUUAUAUUUGCUUGCGUUCGUUCGCUCAUUUGUUAACACGUUCAUCUUUGCGAGGACAAAUGUGCGCAGCCCUUUAUUAUCGCGUGGCUCCAGUGUGAAAUGUAAAAUUGCAAUUAGCGUGCGAGUGCAUUCCUGGCAUUAAUCAUGCUAAUCGAGUUAUGGCAAACGACCUGAGGAUAAACCAAUCUGAUCAGAAUCUGUAAUGAUGGUUGAAUUAUCAUUUUUAUUCUAAUAAAAAAAACACAUGCGAAUGGCAAGUGAAUUUUUUAUUAUAAUUAUAAUCAUUUUAAGGAUGAUAAUGUUACGUUCAAAAUAUUUUUUCAAAAGCAAGAUCAUGCUUAUGUAUUAACGCAACAUUAAUAAAAUUCUUUAAUUUUAUGCGCAAGAAAAAAA